AUGGGGAAUAAAAAUUAUUUGGCGAUGAAGACUGAUGCUUCGGCAACAGAAGAAUUGAUCACUUCCGAUUUGAAGGAUCUUGGCAACGCUGCCAAGAAACUGGCUAACCAUGCGAUUAAGCUUGGUGGGCUUGGAUUUGGGACUUCUUUCCUUCAAUGGGUGGUUUCAGUUGCUGCAAUAUAUUUGUUGAUCUUGGACCGUACCAACUGGAAGACCAACAUUCUUACGUCCCUUCUAAUCCCUUACAUUUUCUUGAGUCUGCCUUCAUUAGUGUUCAGCUUGUUCAGGGGAGAAGUUGGGAAAUGGAUAGCUUUCGUAGCCGUUGUAGUGCGCCUUUUCUUCCCACGGCAUUUUAUAGAUUGGCUAGAACUGCCAGCCGCAUUGAUUCUUCUCAUGGUGGUGUCACCCGGCUUUUUGGCCGACACUGUGAGGGGCAACUGGAUUGGUCUUGGGAUAUGUCUUGUCAUCGGGUGUUAUUUGCUGCAAGAACACAUCCGAGCAUCUGGUGGUUUCAGAAAUUCCUUUACAAAAACCAAUGGCAUUUCGAAUACUGUUGGCAUAAUCCUUCUGUUGGUCUAUCCAGUAUGGGGGCUGAUACUUUACAUCCUAUAG